AGCUCGAGUUCCCCUCCAAUGUCCGUCUGUCGGACGCUCUGCGCAUGCUGCAGCAUGUGGGCGUCACAGCAGAGGCGGUCAGAGGCGUGGCAGUGGGGGACGAUGCGCCAUUGCUCCUGCGGUAUCUGCUCAUGGUGGAUGGCGCGGGCAUCGUGAUGUGGCUCAUGGGGCAGGUGCGGAGCCUAUUUUCUCUGGGGUCGCAGACAGAUGUGGUGAAUUUCCUGGAGGAGUGUGACGGGCAGCCGUGGUUCGGAUGGGUUGAACCGACGGGUGCACAGGCGCACAGUUCAACCUCCUGGGGAGUUCACCACCCGGAGUAG